AUGACUACUCGCAACAUUGAAAAGAUGGCUUCAAUUGACGCUCAGCUGAGAUUACUGGCACCGAGAAAAGUCUCUGAGGAUGAUAAGCUUGUGGAGUAUGAUGCUUUGUUGUUGGAUCGAUUCCUUGACAUUCUUCAGGAUUUGCAUGGCGAAGAUAUCAGACAGACUGUUCAAGAUUGUUAUGAGUUAUCGGCGGAGUAUGAAGGGGAGCAUAAGCCGGAGAAGCUGGAGGAGCUUGGGAAUAUGUUGACCGGUCUUGAUGCUGGAGAUUCUAUUGUUAUAGCGAAAUCGUUUUCGCACAUGCUUAAUUUGGCGAAUUUGGCGGAGGAAGUUCAGAUUGCGUAUAGGAGGAGGAUUAAGUUAUUGAAGAAAGGUGAUUUUGGCGAUGAGAAUUCUGCUAUAACUGAGUCUGAUAUUGAAGAGACUUUUAAGAGGCUUGUGACUGAGCUUAAGAAGAGUCCUCAAGAAGUUUUUGAUGCUUUGAAGAAUCAGACUGUGGAUUUGGUCUUGACUGCUCAUCCUACACAGUCGGUUCGUCGAUCUUUGCUUCAAAAGCAUGGAAGGAUAAGGAAUAAUUUAACACAGUUAUAUGCUAAAGAUAUAACACCAGAUGAUAAGCAAGAACUUGAUGAGGCUUUACAAAGAGAGAUUCAAGCUGCAUUUCGUACUGAUGAAAUUCGAAGGACUCCUCCUACACCGCAAGAUGAGAUGAGGGCGGGAAUGAGCUACUUUCAUGAGACAAUUUGGAAAGGAGUUCCAAAGUUUUUGCGUCGGGUUGACACAGCUCUGAAGAACAUUGGAGUAAACGAGCGUGUCCCGUAUAAUGCUCCUGUUAUCCAAUUCUCUUCUUGGAUGGGUGGAGAUCGUGAUGGAAAUCCAAGGGUAACCCCUGAAGUUACAAGGGACGUGUGUUUGCUGGCUCGAAUGAUGGCUGCUAAUUUGUACUUCUCUCAAAUAGAGGAUCUCAUGUUUGAGUUGUCUAUGUGGCGUUGCAAUGACGAGCUCCGUGUUAGGGCUGAUGAGCUUCAUAGAUCCUCAAAAAGAGAUGCAAAACAUUAUAUUGAAUUUUGGAAACAGGUUCCUCCGAACGAGCCAUAUCGUGUUAUUCUCGGAGAUGUGAGGGACAAACUGUAUAAUACACGUGAGCGUGCUCGCCAGUUAUUAGCUAAUGGAAACUCUGACAUCCCUGAAGAGACAACCUUCACAAAUGUUGAGCAGUUUCUGGAGCCUCUUGAACUGUGUUAUAGGUCACUCUGUGCAAGUGGUGACCGAGCGAUUGCAGAUGGAAGCCUACUCGAUUUCUUGCGGCAAGUUUCUACAUUUGGACUUUCACUGGUAAGACUCGACAUCCGUCAAGAGUCAGACAGGCACACUGACGUGAUGGACGCUAUUACAAAACACUUGGAGAUUGGAUCUUACCGAGAAUGGUCAGAGGAACGUAGGCAGGAAUGGCUCUUGUCUGAGCUUAGUGGAAAGCGCCCUCUCUUUGGCCAUGAUCUUCCUAAGACAGAAGAAAUUGCCGAUGUUUUAGAAACUUUCCGUGUUAUUUCAGAACUCCCCUCUGACAACUUUGGUGCCUAUAUCAUCUCGAUGGCAACGUCCCCAUCCGAUGUUCUUGCUGUCGAGCUUUUACAACGCGAAUGUCACGUGAAGCAGCCGUUAAGAGUUGUCCCAUUGUUUGAAAAGCUCGCUGAUCUUGAGUCUGCUCCUGCUGCAGUAGCACGACUUUUCUCUAUAGAUUGGUACAGAAACCGAAUCAAUGGGAAGCAAGAAGUUAUGAUAGGAUACUCAGACUCAGGAAAAGAUGCUGGCCGUCUUUCUGCGGCUUGGGCACUAUACAAGGCUCAAGAGGAACUCAUAAAUGUAGCGAAGGAGUUUGGUGUUAAGCUCACAAUGUUCCAUGGCAGAGGAGGGACAGUUGGAAGAGGAGGAGGUCCUACUCAUCUUGCUAUAUUAUCUCAGCCACCGGAUACUAUUCAUGGGUCAUUUCGUGUAACAGUUCAAGGUGAAGUUAUUGAACAAUCGUUCGGAGAAGAGCACUUGUGCUUUAGAACACUUCAGCGUUUCACUGCAGCUACCCUGGAGCAUGGAAUGCAUCCUCCUGUGUCACCAAAACCAGAAUGGCGUGCCCUUUUGGAUGAGAUGGCUGUCAUUGCAACAAAGGAGUAUCGCUCAAUUGUUUUCCAAGAACCUCGCUUUGUUGAAUACUUCCGAUGUGCAACACCUGAGUUGGAAUACGGACGAAUGAACAUUGGCAGUCGUCCAUCUAAACGAAAGCCGAGUGGAGGAAUUGAAUCACUCCGAGCUAUUCCUUGGAUUUUCGCCUGGACACAAACAAGGUUCCAUUUACCAGUGUGGCUUGGCUUUGGAGAAGCAUUCAAACAUGCAAUUGAGAAAGAUCCAAAGAAUCUCCAAAUGCUUCAAGAUAUGUACAACCAAUGGCCGUUCUUCCGGGUUACCAUUGACUUGGUUGAGAUGGUUUUUGCCAAAGGAGACCCUGGGAUUGCCGCUUUAUACGACAAACUCUUAGUUUCACAAGAGCUGUGUCCAUUUGGCGAGCGUUUAAGAUCAAAGUAUGAAGAAACCAAGAGAUUUCUCCUCAAGGUUGCUGGGCACAAAGAUAUUCUUGAAGGAGACCCUUACUUAAAGCAAAGAUUAAGACUUAGAGACUCAUAUAUCACAACUCUUAAUGUCUUGCAAGCAUACACAUUGAAGCAAAUUCGUGAUCCAGAUUACCAUGUGAAGUUAAGGCCUCAUUUGUCAAAGGAGUACAUGGAAUCAAGCAAACCAGCAGCAGAACUUGUUAAACUUAAUCCGAAGAGUGAGUAUGCUCCUGGUCUUGAGGAUACCCUUAUUUUGACAAUGAAGGGUAUAGCUGCUGGCAUGCAAAACACUGGUUAA